AGACAAUGUUUCUGAAGAAAGUAAAUCACUUCAUAUUGUUAAGACGCUUUGAAAGUAUGUCGCUGCAUGAAGUGUUACAGGGAAUGAAGUAAUUUCUACGUUACGGAGUCAAACGCCCAUAAAUAUCGGUUAUUCUUCUUUCGUCACGAUGUUUGGCGCUAUGUUGCGGAACCUGCGAUGGCUUCGCUCAAAAGCAAAAUGUUUUCUGAAGUCAACCUUGUUCGUGCUCGCCAGAUACUUGACGCCCGUGCUCUCGGAUUUAGCCAAGUUCGCUUGCUGCCGAAAGCGACUGGUAUGCGACCCAUCAUGAACUUGCGUAAAAGGAUUGCUAUGCGAGGGAAGACGAAGGCACUGGGGCCCGGGAUUAACAAAAUCCUUGCGCCGGCUCACACAGUCCUACAACUUGAGAGACAAACAGAAAGCUUCUCGAUUUAUAGAUACAAUGCAUCGCGGCGUCCCCGAAUAUGGUGUCAUUGUUAAUCCACAAAAAACUCUUGUCAAUUUUGACUUGAAGAUCAGCGGGAAGCC